AUGUCUUUGCAGACAUUGAGGAGUUCUAGUUAUGGUUCUACACAGUUGGACUCUGAGCUCCUCCAACGGCAGACUUUUGCCUCUAGUCACCAGCCUACGUUUACCACCACCCACCAUCCCACAGGAGUGUUUGACUCAAAUCAGCACAGCACCGCCAGUAGCAACACUACUGAAUCAUCAGUCAUGAACUUCCUCUCCGCUAUUGAAUCUAGAAGCCUUCAGGCUGGACCUGCUGGCUCGACUCUUCUCCCUUCAUUUAGAAGCCCAUCCUGGCAAACUGGUGCAAACUCUUCAACAGAACUUUAUCUCACCGGAGCCCUGCAUCCAUCAGGAACGUUCCCGACGCCUUUUGCGCUCUCAUCCUACCAGCAUCCUAGUGCCUUUCCUACCAGAAGCUUCACCACUACAUCAGCACCUGCUGUUCAGGACAGCACUUUCAACUCUUCAAAUGGUCUGCUAUCCCCUAAUGACCCUCUGCUGCAGCUCAAAUCCUCCCAGUACACUGUGCCAACUGCUCUUGCUUUUGGUGGUACGUCUCUAGGGGCUGGCUUGCCACCCCAGUCCUCCACCUAUCGCUCAGCACAAGAGUCAGCCCCACACCUCCUUCAGCCUCAGUUCAGCCUGCUGUCUACAUCCUUGGGCAGCUCCCAGCAAGCCCCUCAGCCUUACGGUGGCCCAGUUUUCUCAAGCUCCAUUGAACGAGCACUUCAGCGUGAAUGUAGUGUGAUCAAGCACCACCAACGGCCUUCUAGCACCCAGCCAGUUCAGGAGCAGCUGGCUAGCGGUGCUCAGCACUCCUUACAGGGUUACCUGCAUGACGAGAGUGACGUUUCAUAUCAACAGGACCCUUCCCCGCACACACCCAUACCCUGUAGUCCUGCGGGCGACCCUUCAUCCCUAAACAGCACCACACAACAGAAGACUUCUCAAGCAGCACUGCAGCAAACUCAGGCCUACGCUUCUUCUGCCCCCUCCCCUGGGUUUUCCAGCUCAUCUGGAGUAAAGGUUAAAGAUGGUUCUUCCAAAAUGGCCCAGCAUCCCAGUGAGAACACAGACACUCAAGCCCAGGCAAGCUCUCCAGGCAUACAGCCGCAGAGCUACUCCUCCCCAGCCCAGAAACAAAGCUCAGUAAUCGCUAGCCAGUCACAACCGUACACAUCCACACAGCUUCCAGGCCUGGUCUCCAUUAGUGCCUCGCACACUUAUAUCACAUCUCAAAGCCUGUCGAGCAACCUUAGCCAAACACAAACCUUCUCUUCUAGUUUGCCUGAGAAGCUUCCUUCGAUUUACAAGACUGUCCCAUCAUUUGCUAGUCAACCUGAAGCUGAGACAUCUGUGAGCCAGUCUCUUAUUUAUUCCUCUAGUCAGCAGCAGGAUUUGCCACCUGUGGGAAACCGGGAAGGGUAUGAGACACGGGUGCAAACUCUUUGCAUGGGAAAUCCUUCUCAAAGCUAUUCUUCCAGCCACUCUCAGGGCCUGCCAACCAUUAGUUUCUAUACCCAGGGGCCGACAUCUGCUAGCAUACCUACGCAGAACUAUGUGUCAAGUCAAUCUCUAAUCCCCAUCCCUUCCUUCUCACCCAGUCGUGCCAGAAGUUUAUCAUCCACUAACCCCGGACAGGACUAUAUCUUAAUGCAGUCUUCUCCUGGUAGCAAGACAGACAUUGCCGUUUUACAGCAGAAGUACUUGUCGUCUGUCCACUCAUCAACCUCCUCUCCUGCCACUCACACCCAAGCCUUACCAAACAACCAGUCCUCAGUUGAGUUAAAACCACACCAACAAGAUGAACAGAUGUUUCUUUCCUCAAAAGAGGGCUCUGAAGAACUUCCUCUUGAGGAUGUGCAGGCAUUACAGAAAGGCUCUAUGGUGACCUCCCCUCAAACCCUUUCAGCCCAUGAAGUCGGAGCACAGAACAGCACAAAAAAUGACGUUUAUGUAGUUUCGAAAAUGGAAGACAGGCAUAACACCCAAAGCGUCAUUCGUAGUAACUCCCGAACGGAGGAGCAGAUCCUUACACAUUUGGAAACCACAAAGGAGCUCGCUACCAGUGCCAAUACUCCCUCCGACCCCAAGAGUAACCCUUUGUUGAUGCACUCCACCCAUGCACCCUUGAGUGCCGACCAGCUGAAACAGCAUACUCUCCUUCUGAAAGGGGCCAGUUCUCAGCAGCAGAACCUUCAGGGUCAGAUUAUCAGAGUUCAACCGACAGAUCCCAGACACCUGUCUGAGGACCAAACACAGUUCAUUAGAGUUCCCAGUGCCCAAGUUCUCCUUGAUCCCACUCACAUGAUUGUUCUGCAACAGCCUGUACUCACCUCAGGCCAGAAUCAGACCAAGCAGACUAUGUAUAUGCAGUCUGUACCAGUCCAGUAUCUCCAAAUGAAUAGCGAGACUGUUAAUUUGACCGUUAAUGGGCGUCACAACCAGCAAGUUGUCUCUCACCAAGUGCCCAACUCAACAGUGUCCACUAAACAGGACCCAACACAAAAAGACAACUUCAACCAGUCAAAUCCUCAUGACGCAAAGCAGAACUUUACUCUCAGUUCUGUAUGCUUUCCUGACUCCAUGCUAUUGGCAGAUGAGAGGAACAUUCUCUCAAAUGUCGAUGACAUCCUUGCUGCUACCGCAGCCGCCUGUGGCGUCACACCACAGGACUUUGUCAAAUCCACGUCAUCUGAUGCCGACUUGUCAUCGGUAGCCAACCCUGUAGACUCCAAGUGCAAUUUUCAGUCUGCUGAGAACAGACUUGAUAGUUUCCCAUCUCAGCAUAUGAUAAUCGCUAACUCACAAGCCAUGACUAUAAUUGGUGCUCAAACAACAUACUCCAAAUAUGAAAUGGAGGGACACCACGUGUUUACACUCUCAAACUCUAAUAACCAACCAGAAGUAAGAAACAACUCUGCGCAAGAAAUAUCUGACAAGGUGGCUGGCCAGGUGCAAAGUCAAUCAGGAUAUCAGAAUACUGAAAACGUAUCAAAUAAUACAAGCCAGCCGAAGAUAUUGAAAGGCCUUAAAACUGAUGAUAGUCCUAGUGAACAUCCUACAGAUGGCCUUCCAAAAAAACGACCCAGAUCAAAGGGUUCAUCAAAGCAGUCUGUUGAAGAUGAAAAUUAUCAACCCAAAUCUCAGAAGAGAAGCACACAAGUUAAGCGUCAGAAUUCACGUGCCAGUGAGGCAAGUUCAACUUCUACCUCAGAGGUUUCAAAUGAUAACUACCAACAGCAGGAGAGAAUGUGUCAGAAAUUAAGAGAGGUUGAAGAAAAACAGCCAGAGGUUAAAACUGGAUUCUUGGGUUCCUUCCUGGACUUUCUUAAAUCUGGAUCCAGACAAAACCUAUCAUCUCCACCGAUACGGUCACCCAAUCGCAGUAGAAAGCCUUCGGCUUCCAAGAGGCCUCCUAAUCCAUUACUUAUUCCUUUUAAACCUCCCCCUCCUUCAACCCCAUUGAUAUAUCCAGAUCCUCAAAGUGUCAUUUCUACAAAGCGACUUGAUGAAGAGCUCCAGAGGAACCUGGAAACACUGCCAUCGUUUUCCUCUGAUGAAGAUGAUUCAGUGGGAAAAAACCAAGAUCUUCAAAAGAGCAUUACGUCUGCACUGUCAUCUUUAGACGAGCCCUCAGACAAAAAGCAGAAGUUAGGUGACAAUACAAAGCAACUUCAGACCUCCAGCACACAGCCUACUGAUGCCAAGCCACAGGACCAACAGACGGCUGUACAGAAGAUGUCUGCGGAGGAGUUACUAAAGAAUGUGCCUCCAGACAAGCUAGCUGUUCAACUGAACUCAGUUGCUAUCGAGGGCCUGAUGGACGAGGAGCUGUCAGAUAGUGGAGGGGAGGGCAUGUACCGGGAGCGUGACGAGUUCGUCGUUAGGAAUGAGGAUAUUGAAAGGCUGGAGAUCACAAUGAAGGCAGGGGUCGAACCACCAGCCAUCUGGAAAGUGCAGAAAGCCCUGCUGCAGAAGUUUGUACCGGAGCUCAGGGACCAGAAACGAGUGUUCUUUGCCACCAACAGUUAUUUGGGGUACUUUGGUGAUGCUAAGUUCAUGUACAGGAGAGUACAUGUCAAAUUUCUUGACACAGUCAACAAGCGGGAGUAUGUUCGAGUCUCCAGCAGGAAACCACGAUGCAAGCCCAUGCAUUCAAUGAGAGGCUCUCAGGCUAAAGCUCUUCUGGCCCAACGAUUCACUGCGGCAUCUGUGUCGGACUCUCCCACACAGAAAACAACACAACAGAAAGCUCUAUCGAAACCCAGACCCAAGCAGCCGAAACCCAAGGCUGAACCGCCGCCUAAAAAGAGAAAGAAAUGGAAAGAAGAGUUCACGACAUCUCCCUCCGACUCCUCACCGGAGGCUGUGAGCGAGGAUGACGAGUUUAUGCCUCCGGUUCCGUUCGCCUCGCGUUUCCUGAACACCAGAACAAUGAAGGAAACCUUUAAGAGCUUUGUUGAGCUGCUGAUCAGCAUAGCCCUGGACGCGGACGUCAUGAACGCGCUGGAGCGAGAGAACGACGAGCUGCUGCUGCCUCACAUGAAGAGGGUGGAUGGAAUGAUCACAGACAACAGGCGGAGGCUGCUGCCCAAACUGCGCAUGGGUCAGAUCUUCAAAAAUGCAUUAGACAGCUUGCCUGAGCUGUCCGUGGUGACCGAGCUGAAAACAGACUGCGAGACUCCCGUUUUUAAAGUGAGGUUAAGUGGGAGGGCUUACAACAAGAAAACCAUGAAGCCCUCGAAAUCGCCCUGCAAACUUCCCCUGGAAUACACAGUGGAUCAGCAGAAAACGAAGUGGUUUUCCCUUUAUCACUCUCUACAACACUAUAAGUACCACACAUACCUGAUGUGUAUGGAGGAGAUUCGGUCGUUGAAGUCGGGAGGUAAAGAUCUGGGGCAGGAGGAGACGGUUCAGACAUGCAUGGGCAACAGGACAUGGGUAGAGUGCCUGUUCGAUCGCUUCGGGGAGCUUCUGACACAGGUGCAGCAGGCCUGCCUUUGAACAGAAGCCUAGAUUAUGCUGAUAAACAAGCAUAUAUGUGACCCUGGACCACAAAACCAGUCUUAAAGGUGGGGUAAGCGAUUUCUG